GGAAACCGGCUGGAGGAAUCCCGCAGUCUCCGGCAGUCGCGGUCAUCAGACAGUCUCUGGCGCUGCUCAGGACGCCUGUCGGAGAGUGUACGUGACGCGUCGGCCGGCCUGGCUGUGGCCGGCUGCUGCCACUCAAUAUGAACUGCUUUCGGAAAGCGAAUAACAACUAUCUGUGCAAGAUCGUUCUUCUAGACGGACAGGAACUGACUCAAAACAUCCGGGAUGACACCUUGGGACAGGAGCUUUCGGACAGCGUGUUUCGACAUCUGCACUUGCGUGAAACCGCCUACUUCGGUCUGAGAUUCGUGCACACCACUCAACAACCGCUGUGGUUGAACCCGAAUAAGAAGGCUGCGAAGCAAUUGAAAGGAACCGAUCCAUUUAUUCUCUACUUUUGUGUCAAGUUCUAUGCAACUGAGCCGUGCAAACUUCUAGAUGAGAUCACACGGUUAGUGGCGUCUUGAAAAUUUUUCGUUGCAUCAUAUGGCAAAACACUGCCUGCCGUUUCUUUGUUCUGCAUUCAGUUCCACACUGAGAGAAUGA